CCAUGUGAUUUUAUUUAUUUAUUGCAAAGAUAAGAUUUAAUAGAUUUGUUUAUUGUAGAUUUAGUCCGUGCAUCUACUUUCAGGUCGAGACGUGAUGUUUGCUUCCACCCUCACGCCCAUAUAGUUUUGUGGGGAGGGGCUUACAAACCAGUUAUGUGGAUGUUCAAUUAGCUUGAAUUCCAACUAUUUGCCUGGCUUGUAUUCCUAAAAGUGAACCGACAUGGCCUUCCCUGCUUUGCUUGGGCAUUCACUUUCAUCUCCCAUCUAUGCUGCUUGUUGAAGUCCAUCACCUACACUAUAAGUGAAGUGCCUCUGGUUUAUUCCGGCUUUACUUGAGAGACUGUGCUAGCAAAGUGUGUAAACUUUGGAAGUGUUUUGGGUAAAAUGGAACAACUGGUACUGUCAGAGUUGGUAACACCAAACAAAUUGUUUUCUAGUGAUGGUUCUGACAGCUUCCAAACUUGGAAUGAUAUCCUUAAAAGUUGUUGCAUCUGUGCUAUGGAAAAGUAAACCAGAACCUUGUCAGCCCAUACUUUGCUCAGGACACUUGGCUAGAGAUAGGUGGGAACAUCAGUGUGAGGUAGAGAUGGAAAAUGACAAGAGGUUUUAAUUUAGCCCAACUUCUUUUUCUUUCUCCUCUUCCAAUACAGGUGACGGAGCUGAAUGAGCCACUGUCCAAUGAAGAAAGGAACCUGUUGUCUGUGGCCUAUAAAAAUGUAGUGGGAGCACGGCGCUCUUCCUGGCGUGUAAUCAGUAGCAUUGAGCAGAAGACAUCUGCUGAUGGUAACGAAAAGAAGAUAGAAAUGGUACGGGCCUACCGUGAGAAAAUAGAGAAGGAAUUGGAAGCUGUAUGCCAAGAUGUGCUGAGCCUGCUGGACAACUAUCUGAUCAAGAACUGCAGUGAGACACAGUAUGAGAGUAAAGUCUUUUACCUGAAGAUGAAAGGGGACUAUUAUCGCUACCUGGCUGAGGUGGCCACAGGUGAGAAGAGGGCGACCGUGGUAGAGUCUUCAGAGAAAGCCUAUAGUGAAGCCCAUGAGAUCAGCAAGGAGCACAUGCAGCCAACUCAUCCCAUCAGGCUUGGCCUGGCACUUAACUACUCAGUUUUCUACUACGAGAUCCAGAAUGCUCCCGAGCAGGCGUGCCACCUGGCCAAGACAGCGUUUGAUGAUGCCAUUGCAGAGCUGGACACCCUCAACGAGGAUUCCUACAAAGACUCAACGCUCAUCAUGCAGCUUCUUCGUGACAACCUAACGCUCUGGACAAGUGAUCAGCAAGACGACGAUGGUGGAGAAGGCAACAAUUAGACCCCCAAAUGGACUGGCAGCCGCACGCUGAUGCUACUACUGCAGUCUUUAUUUUUUUCCCACAAGUGGGGGGGGGGU